AUGAGCCAUGCUGCAUCUAUCGCAGAGGUGAACCCUGCGGACGCCCCAAGGCAUCACGCGAGUACGACCGCGAGCAAAAAGAAUGCGCAGAUUAUACAGCAUGCCGACGGCCAUGGCGCAACCGACGCCGCAAUCCGCAAGCAGACGAGAAGCUUGGAUUAUAUAUGGCGAUCGGGAGUAGCGGGAGGCCUCGCAGGCUGUGCGGCCAAAACCCUCGUCGCGCCCCUCGAUCGGGUAAAGAUUCUCUUCCAGGCGAGCAAUCCUCAGUUCGCGAAAUACACGGGUUCCUGGUUCGGCGUGGCCACGGCUAUGAAAGACAUCUACCACCAGGAUGGAUCCCGAGGUCUCUUCCGAGGCCACUCAGCGACUCUCCUUCGCAUAUUCCCAUACGCCGCCAUCAAAUUUCUGGCGUACGAACAAAUUCGGUCUAUCAUCAUCCCGAGCCACAAGCAUGAAACGUCCCUAAGAAGACUGCUAAGUGGAAGUCUUGCCGGAGUCACCUCUGUCUUCUUCACAUAUCCUCUAGAAGUUAUUAGAGUCCGAUUGGCUUUCGAGACGAAGCAGAAUAGCCGGUCAUCCCUGUCUUCCAUAUGUCGAGAUAUAUACAACGAGCAGCCCGUUCAUAAAGGCGCAGCGGCAAGACUACCCCACGCCCCAGAGCCAAUUGCCGCUGCUGCCGAGAAACUCCAAGCCGUAACCCCCAGGGUUGGCAUCAUCAACUUUUACCGCGGAUUCUUGCCUACUCUUUUGGGUAUGCUUCCAUAUGCUGGCAUAUCCUUCCUCACACACGAUACGGUCAGCGACAUGCUGCGAUCCCCAUCGCUAGCCCAGUACACCACUCUGCCGAAGAAGUUGACACACCCGACCAACAAGCCAGCACCCCUUCGCUCGUGGGCUGAACUGACAGCAGGAGGCAUUGCUGGUCUUCUGUCCCAGACAGCCUCUUAUCCGCUAGAGGUCAUUCGACGACGCAUGCAAGUGAGCGGUGCAGUCGGCGAUGGACGGCGCCUCAGAAUCUCUGAAACGGCCGCCAUGAUUAUGCGGGAAAGAGGCUUCCAGGGAUUCUUUGUGGGAUUGACAAUUGGCUAUGUCAAGGUUAUCCCAAUGACAGCUGUCGCGUUCUUCACGUACGAAAGAAUGAAGCUGGCUCUUGGUAUCUAG